CUCGGACCUGAGGCUGUGAGUGACCCGGGGUCCGCCGAGCUGCGAAGGAAGCCUGAGUCCCGGGCAGGUGUCCAGCCCUGUCCAUCGGCCAGGGUUGUAGGAGAGGAAAUGACUUUUGGCUCUAGAAGGAAGAAUCCAUUUCUCACCCAAAAAUGGCAGUGGUGAAAGCCCCCAGACAAGAGCAGAAGAAUGCAGAAGAACCCUUUAACAACAUAUCACCCCUGCUUCUGAAGAGUCUAGUGGAGGAGCCCAAGAAAAGAGCAGAAGUACCCAAUCACCUACUUGAAUCAAAGGUUUAUGCCAAGCUUCUAGAUAAUAAAAUCAUCCAGGCCAGACCCGGUAUAGUGCAUUUUGGAGGCUAUCAAAUAGAAAAACAGCACCAACAGAUUCUGCACCUGGUCAAUAUUUCUGAUGAAGACACAAAUGUUCAUAUUUUACCUCCACAAACCAAAUUCUUCCAGAUCAGCUAUGUGAAAAAGGAACACCGUCUUGUCCCUGGCUUGUCCCUCAUGGUCACCAUUACCUUUUCUCCUGAUGAGUGGCGAUACUAUUAUGACUGCAUCCGCAUUCACUGUAAGGGGGAUGACACUUUGCUUGUCCCUAUCCAUGCCUAUCCUGUCAUGAACACACUGGACUUUCCCAAGUUUAUAAAUCUAUCAAAUGUUCUCCUUGGUAAAAGCAAAACCUAUGUUAUCCCUUUACAGUGCAGCUGCCCUGUAGAUUUCGAGUUCCACAUCACUUUGACUCAGUCUCAUCGAGCCUUUUCUAUUGAGCCAACAUCAGGAAUAAUUCCAGCUAAUGGCAAGAUGGAUGUGACUAUUACCUUCACACCCUCUGAGUACGGGACUGCACAGAUAAAGAUGCAGUUGUGGAUUUCGCAGUUCAACUCCCAGCCUUACGAAUGUGUCUUCACCGGAACGUGCUAUCCCAACAUGGCCUUACCAUUGGAAGAGUUUAAAAGAUUAAAUACUCUUUCUAAGAAAGUCAGCAUUCCUGCAGAAAAAACAAUGCCACAUAUAAAUUUCCAUCGACUACCAGCAAAGACAAGGCCUCCAAAACUGAAGGAAAUUAAGUACCAGAACCUGAAAUUUCCAGUAGAUCUAUCAAAUCCAUUUGCUGUGGCAACUGUUUUAAAUCAAGAACCAGGAAAAAUGAAGAUUAAAGAAUUAAGAGAAGUUCUGGAUCAAGGCACUGGGAUUUCAAAAACAAGACAGAUGAAGGAGGCACUCUUUGAACAGAAAGUCAGACAGAUCGCUAAAGAAGAGAUGGAAAAUCACCUGAAGUGGCAGGUGCACCAUGGUAAAGAUCAUAUGUCUUUUAAACUUAGAAAAGAGCUUGCUGAGGAGCGACAAAGAGCCAGCGCCAAAUACGAGAGCGAUAGAGGAGAUCCUAUUCUGAAUGAGGAAUUUCAGCGACUCAACACAGAAGUCAACCAUAAGCGGCUGAUUCGAGAACUAGAAGAGGAUAUCCCAGAAUAUAAGCCUCGUUUUGAUCCACUCGAUAAUAAUAAUUGGUUUACCAGGUUCAGGGCACAAAAACGAUUUCAACAAGCAGCACGCAAGAUCAUGUUUGAGCGGCGGUUACUCAAUAUGCUAGUUGCUUUUCGUGAAAUGGACAGAGAAAGUAUAAUGAAAAGGCUCACGCAGGCAAGACAGUCAAUAGCACAAGACAAGCAUUCCAGAAACCUUCUUCCACGAUCCACUCAGGAUGAUCACAGUUGCCGGUUCAAGGUGUCACCCAACAACGUGCUGCCCUUUGCCUUUCCAUCCUACAGCCCUCCUCAGGGUGACAAGGAGCUGGCUCCUGACGGCCUUGGACUAGUCCCAAUCAAGCCUUCAGAUGUUCAAAUCAAGCACAGCUAUUCCUUCUUCAACUUGCAGGUUCCUCAACUGUACAAAAUUAAGGGAUAUCAGCCAUUCUCAGUCCACAUGUCUUCAACAAGUUACAGACCCCAAAAGCUCGCUCGACCCCUGAAGCAAGGAGCUGAGGAUGAAGUUACCACCAUCGUUAUCCUUCCAAAACAGGACUCCACACCUCAGGUCUCUGGAAAGUCCUCAAUCUUGACUAUGAAACCACCUGAGGCCUUAUCCAUGUCCCCAGAAUAUGAUCCGCUCUAUAUUUUUAAUCCCAACCCAGGAUUAUUUGCCGUCAAGCGCCCUCUGACCUAUGCAGAGACGCUGAUAGAUUACCACCUCUGCCCCCACCCCAAGUACAUGUUCACCAACGAGUGCCACAAGGGGUCCAGCAUUCCUCUCACCCAAAAGCAGUUUCUCCAUCACACGGACAUUAUUCCUGGAAUCAUGCACUGGAAGAGGUUCCAGUCCCUGACGCUCUCAUCCUUGCCCGAAACCUCUAAGAUGGAGACCACCCAGAGCUAUGACUCCUACAAUCCGGUUAUACUUCCUAUCAACACUCCUGCCCCUCUUGAGGACUUACCGGAAGAAGACAGACUGGAAACUAUUGAGCGCAAGCUCUUUGAACAUAAUAUAGAAGUUACAUUGACUCCAAGAAUGAUUGAAGCGGAAUUCCCUCUGUUGGACAUUAAGGACGCAAAGAAGAAAGAGGUGAAAGACCAGGCACAAGCAGCAGAGAAGGCAGGAGAAAAGGUCCUUGAGGAGAUGAAGAAUCUGCAGGCCAAAGCUCUCAAUGCAUACCUGAUUCUAGAAUAAAAUCACCAGGAGGUCAGUUCCUCUUGUUUGCUCUCUGCAGAUCACUGUGGUCCUUUGUGUCCACUUAUGGUCUGACCAUUUGGGGAAGUUCCUACAGAGAAAAAAAAUUGACAUGUAGAUGUAUAUAUGUUUAAAUUAUAAUUUUUCUUUCUAAAAAUAAAAUGUUAUUAGUAUCAUGGCAA